CCCUGUCUCUUGGUUUAGGUGUUCAACAACAUCUUGCACAAGUGUGGUUUGCAGUGUGAAGGAGCCUCUGCUGAGCCUCAGAAGCUGGAAGAGAAAGUCAGUGUGACUGCAGGGAACAUGCCCCUCCAGGAGCUGAAGGACAUUGUGCUGUAUUUAUGUGACACCUGCACAACACUCUGGGCCUUUCUUGAUGUCUUCCCCUUGGCUUGCCAGACCUUCCAAAAACACGAGUUUUGUUACAGGUUAGCUUCAUUUUAUGAGCUGACAAUUCCUGAGCUGGAAUCUGCAAUCAAGAAGAGGCAUUAUGAGGAUAACAGUGUUUUUGCUGAUUUGUGGAGGAGGAUUUCACAUUCCAGGAAGAAGAUGAUAGAAGCUUUUCACAUCCUAAUAAACCAAGUCUGUCUGCAGCCCAUCUUGGAGAGCAGCUGUGAGAAUAUUCAGCCAUUUAUUGAGGAAUUUCUACAGAUCUUCACCUCAGUGCUUCAGGAGAGGAGAUUUCUCCGUGACUACGACGAGCUGUUCCCCGUUGAGGACGAUGUCAGUCUGCUCCAGCAGGCAUCCUCCACUCUAGACGAGACCAGGACAGCCUAUAUCCUCCAGGCAGUGGAAAGUGCCUGGGAAGGGGUGGACAGGAAGAAAGGACAGGUUGUGAAAGAUCCAGCAGCAGCAGCAGCAUCUACUGGAGCAUCAGCAGUAGUGGAAAGCUCUGCUGAGGACAGGGAGGAUCCAGGAGCUGCCUGUGCACCGGGGGAUGAGUGUGCUGGUGCAGCGGCCGCGCCCGUCGCCCGCGUGUCCGGCGUGGAGCUGGACUCCCUCAUCUCCCAGGUGAAGGACCUGCUGCCUGACCUCGGGGAGGGAUUCAUCCUGGCCUGCCUGGAGGAGUAUGGAUACAACACAGAGCAGGUGAUCAACAACAUUCUGGAAGAUAAGCUGGUGCCACACUUGGACAAGCUGGACCGAAGGAUGCAGAGGCAGCUGAAGCCAGACCCUACUCCCCUGGUCACCUCCCGCUGUAAUGUUUUCCAGAAUGAUGAGUUUGAUGUUUUCAGCAGGGACUCAGUGGAUGUGUCUCGGAUACAGAAAGGCAAGAGGAGGGAGAAGGACACGACCAGGAGCCUGGUGAACGACAAGAGCCUGGUGCUGGAGCAGAGGGAGAGGUACAGCCAGUACAGUGUGGUGGUGGAGGAGCUGCCCCUGGGCCCGGGGCAGGCCCAGCCCUACGGGGACUACGAGGACGAGUACGACGACACCUACGACGGCAACCAAGUGGGGGCCAACGACGCCGACUCGGACGAUGAGCUCAUCAGCAGGAGGCCGUUCACAAUUCCUCAGGUCCUCAGGCCUAAGGGACAGGAGGAGGGACAGGAGGAGGAGGAAGAGGAUGAAGAGGAGGAGGAGGAGGAAGCUGAAAAGGAAAGAACAAAGGACCACUUUGUGCAGGACCCCGCUGUCCUGCGGGAGAGGGCCGAGGCCAGGCGCCAGGCCUUCCUGGCGAGGAAGGGGUACAAGCAUGACAGCUCUGCCGUUGUUGGGAAUGCCAAGGGCCACGGGCAGAACCGGGAGACGGUGCAGGAGCGGAGGAAGAAGGAGGCGAACAAAAGCACCAGGGCCAACCACAACCGUCGGGCCAUGGCCGACAGGAAGCGCAGCAAGGGCAUGAUCCCCUCCUGAGGGACUCCUGGCCGGGGGUGGCACCGUCCCCAGCCUCCUGCUCGGGAGUUUGGCUCAGUGUCCUCGGCAUUCCCUGUGCUCAGGGGGCUGGAUGUCCUGGUUCAACACCUGGCACUGCAGCUCGCGUGGAGCGGCGUUCCCUGUGGGAGCGCUGCCUGUUCCCGGGAAGGAGCAGGCCCUGAGUCUCCUCAGUUCACAGACACACACGUGUGUGCUGGUGGCUGCACCCAAUACACCGGACAGGCUGCACCAGCCCCUCCUUCCCUUUUGUACUAUUUAUAAUUCGCAGAGUUUUAUUUUCAUACUGAUCCCUGUGCCCUCCCUGGUGCUCCCGGGGGCUCCGUGGCCUCCCUGGGACAGCCCCCAGCUCUCUGCUCCACUGAAAUGCCUUAUCCUGAACUGGAAUCAUAGAAUAUCCCAAGGAAGGGACCCACAAGGGCCAUCCAGUCCAGCUCCUGUCCCUGCACAGACACCCCAACA